GGCUUGUACGGGUUUUUUCUGCCUUCGAGCGCGGUUUUGGUUGAAUUCGCCUGGGCUACGCAAGUAACUGGCACGCGCGUCGUCGUUUCGAUCGCUGCUGACGUGUUUUCAUCGAAGCCUCGCGAAGAACCGGAGGUCUGGACGCACUGAACUCAAAAAACGCACCGAGCACCGAGCUUGAUUUGAAUGAUGCGGCGCGCGACGGCUGUUAUCGGUCGCCAGACGGCCCUUAUGGGUCGCCGGACGCUGUCCACGACAAGCCACGACGUCGUCGUCUGCGGCGGCGGCGUCGUCGGCUCGAGCGUCGCGCUCCACCUCCGAGCGAGAAGACCGGACCUGCGCGUCACCGUGCUGGAGCGGGACCAGACCUACGCCGCGGCGUCGGCGCCCUUAAGCGCGGGCGGCAUCCGCCAGCAGUUCACGACGCCGGCGAACGUCCAGCUGUCGUGCUACGGCGCCCAGUUUCUGCGCGAGGGCCUCGCGCUCCUCUCGGGCCAGGACCCGCGCGAGGUCCAGGACCGGAUCCAGUUCCGCGAGGCCGGGUAUUUGACCCUCGCGUCGGAGCACGGUGCUUCCGCUCUGCGGGACAACGUUUCAAUUCAACACGCCGGUGGCGCGGACUGGAUCGACCUCUUAGACCCGACACAACUCAGCAGAGAGUUCCCCUGGCUCUCUGUUGACGGUGUGGGCCUCGGCGCGUUUGGCCGGAAAAACGAGGGCUACUUCGACCCUUGGGGGCUAUUGGACGCGCUGCGGCGCGGCGCGAAGGCGCUCGGCGUCCAAUAUAUGAGUGGCGAGGCCGCGUCCCUCCAAGUCGACGCGGGCCGCGUCACCUCGGUGUUGCUCAAGGACGGGUCUUAUCUGAAUUGCGGCCUCGUGGUGAACGCGUGCGGCGCCCACGCGUCCGUAUUGACGCCGUCGUUACCCAUAGCACCUAGGAAAAGGUGCAUCUUCGCGAUCAGCUGCCCUGCGGGUGAUAUCGAAAGGCCGCCGGGCGACGCGCCGCUGGUGGUGGACGUGAGCGGCUGCUACUUUCGGGGCGACGGCUCAUCAGGCAGAUAUCUGUGCGGCGCGUCGCCAAAGGGAGCGGAUCCGGACUGCGACGUGGACGCGCUCGAGACCGUAGAUCACGCCUUGUUCGAGGAGGUCAUCUGGCCCGCCCUUUACGAGCGCGUGCCGGCCUUCGAGAGCCUCAGAGUAGAGUCGUCCUGGGCGGGCCUCUACGAGUUCUGUACAUUAGAUCAGAACGCGGUCGUCGGCUGGCACCCGGACGCCUCUAAUUUGGUCGUCGCGGCGGGCUUCUCGGGCCACGGCCUGCAGCACGCGCCGGGCGUCGGGCGCGCCGUCGCGGAGCUGAUCGACUCUGGUGGUUACGAGUCCAUCGACUUAGGAUGCCUGGACUACGGCCGCGUCGCGCGGAACGCGCCGCUCUUCGAGGCGAACGUGUGGUGACCGCCGCGCCCUCGUGUACAUGCCGUCCUGUCCUGCUGUUCCUAUCCUCCUCGUGUGUACUUUUGUAACUAGUCUCCCUUACCGUG